UUGAAGUUAAGAAUUAAUCAACUGGAACAACUGGUAAUCCAGAUAGACAUGGAUUUUACAUGCAUCAAGCUGGCGACGAUGAGAAAGAUUGCACAUAACUCUCAGAAUCUGCCUUUGAAAAGAGGGGCAUGGAGUCCUGAAGAAGAUCAGAAGUUGAUAGCUUAUAUUAACAGACAUGGCAUUCGGAAUUGGAUUGAGAUGCCGAAAGCUGCCGGUUUGUUAAGGUCAGGGAAGAGUUGCAGGCUACGUUGGAUGAACUACUUGAGGCCGGAUAUAAAGCGUGGAAACUUCAGCAUGGAAGAAGUGGAAACCAUACUCAAGCUGCAUGGGAUUCUUGGAAACAGAUGGUCUGCAAUUGCAGCAAAAUUACCUGGAAGAACAGAUAAUGAGAUAAAAAAUUUCUGGAACACCCGCUUGAAGAAAAAUUACGUAAAGAACAAUAUCAAUACUGCAGCGCAAGCACCGAAACUGCAAGGAACACAAACAUCCACAGCAGAAUUCAAGAAAAGGAAGUUAUAUGAAAAUAUUGACGUUCCACUUCCCACUGCUCCAAAAAUAUUGAAGCCAGAAGACUCGGAGGGCUCAUCGAAGCUGCCUAUCAGUUAUUUUUCUUCAAGCUUUAAUCUUGUGAAUGAUCUCAUAAUUAAUGAAAAUCAGAUCAUAGAAGAGAACGUUGGAUUACUUGAAUCAAAUGGAGAACAAUGUUUAUGGGGUCCGCAAUUUUCAACUGAAGGUCAAACAUGCAGGGUGGAGGAUUAUGGAGAUACCUGCACAGUUGAAAUGUGGGUCCAAGAACUAUUGCAUGGAGUCUAGCUAUAUCUACGUCCCUGUGGUUAUACAUGGUAUUCUGGUAUUUAUAUAUGCUAUUUUUAUUAAUUUUACACCAAGGACAUUUUCUAAUAUGCUUUUUAUGCCAAAAUUACGUUUUUUUUCGUUGUUAGGUAUUAAUCAGGCUCCUAUCAUAUUGACAUUGAUUUAUGGAAAUUUCUUUUUCGAAGUU